AUGCCCUCACCUAGGUCUUUGUUUCAUGUCAUCGCACCCCGCACAUUUUUCACCCAAUCUCAUCGCUACAAUUUGAUGCUGACCGACAAAAAAAUAAAAUUAGACCUGUCGAUAAUGCAAAUCUGUACCCAUUCUGGCAGUUUCCACGCCGACGAGUCGUUGGCUGUUUAUAUGGUGAAACUUUUACCUGCCUAUAAAGACUGCAAGUUGGUUAGACUGAGAAACCCAGAGGACUGGGAAGCGAGCGAUUUGGUUAUAGAUGUGGGAGGAAAGUACGAUGGAACCAAAUACUUUGAUCAUCACCAGCGUGAGUUUUCCGAGACUUUCUCUGCCAAUUACAAGACAAAAUUAUCUUCUGCUGGGCUCAUUUAUAAGCAUUUUGGAAAACAGAUCAUCGAGGAAGUUUGUCAAAGCACCAAGGAGAACACCGAAUUGUUGUACGAGAAAGUGUACAAGGAGUUUAUCGAGGCAUUGGACGCCAACGACAACGGAAUCAACAACUACUCAAAGGAAGCCGAAGCAGAAAAAAAUUUCAACGACAGAAAUAUUACCCUUCCAGCUAUAGUUCUGAAACUCAAUCCUUCGUGGAACGAAAACCCAACCGAUGCUGAUUUUGACGCAGCAUUCCAAAGAAGCAGUGCUCUCAUGGGCGAGGUUUUCGUCAACUUGCUCAAGGGCUAUGGAAACUCGUGGCUUCCCGCUCGCACCAUAGUGGAGUCUGGUUUUGACUCAAGAUUCGACGUUGAUAAGUCUGGGAAAAUCCUCAAACUCGAGCAGUUCUGCCCAUGGAAAGAACAUUUGUACGCCAUAGAAAAGGAAAAGUCGGCCCAGGGACAAAUUGAGUUUGUUCUCUUCCAGGACUCGUCGUCCAAAUGGAGGGUUUCUACUGUAUCGGUGACAUCCACAUCUUUUGAGUUCAGAAAAGGAUUGCUUGAACCAUGGAGAGGCCUUCGAGACGAGGAAUUGAGCGAAAAGGCUGGUGUUCCUGGUUGUAUUUUUGUUCAUGCUGCUGGCUUUAUUGGCGGAGCCAAUACUUAUGAGGGUGUGCUCAAGCUUGCGCAGUUGUCGUUGUAG